UGCUUCUCUCGGGGGCUUCAUUCCACGGCUGCUGCUUCUCCCCUCGGACGAGCCUCGGCGGCUUCGCCCUCCCUCCCCCGCCGGCGCUGGCCUGACCCGUUCGGAUCAGAGGCUGGUGACUUAAUGAAUGGAACCCUCGUGCUUUUGGAAGUGCCCAUGUCGGACCUGUCCCCCCCAGAAGGAGAGCCUCCUGAGGCACAUGAAGAGGACAGUCCCAGUGAUGAGCAGGGCCUCAUUAUCCACCACCCAGCAGAGGAACAGGCAUACAGAUGCCUCUUGUGUGGCCAGACCUUCCCUCAGCAAUCUAGCCUGGUUCGGCACCAUAAGGCCCAUGCUGGACUGAAUGGCACAGGGAGGGCUCUGUACAUCUGCCCUGAGUGUGGCAAGGCUUUCAGCAUCCAGCACAACCUCUCUGUCCAUCAGCGUACCCACACAGGUGAGCGUCCCUUCCCAUGUCCUGAGUGCGGACGGCGAUUCAGCCUCAAACAAAAUCUGCUCACCCAUCGGCGAAUCCAUAGCGGCAAGAAGCCAUACCAGUGUUCCCAGUGCAGGCGCUGUUUCCGAGAGUCUCGCUUCCUCUUUAACCAUCAGCGUACACAUGCCAGGAUGUCUCCUACCCCACCCCACUGCUCUGGGGUCUCUGAGGAGCAGUGAUACCACUUCUGGCCUGGCUGUGACUGGAGCUUUGCCCAUGAGGGCUUUCUCGAGACUUAUGCAUUCGACUGUGGCUGGGCAACUGAGGGGUGAAGUGCUCACCUAAGCCAGGCUCAGUGUUCCAACUACUGUUUUUCCCUCGACCCAGAACACCCUCUGUAACAAGACUGCACACAGACAGCUCACUGAAUUCACAUCUGCUGUGUUCUGCUUUCCAGUCCCUAACCCUAGGGAGAGGUGAGGGAGUAGCUUCAUGAUGGUGGUGAGAGGCUGAAGAGAAUGGGAGACUGACGGGGUCUUGCUCUCUAGUGCCUCCUGUGCCCUGGAAUUCUUUGGACAGUGCAUCAAGCCCUAGGAUAUCCCAACCUGCUGAGUAUAGCUGCUUUGGCCAGGGUUACUUCUCCCCUUAUUAUCAUCUCAUCUGUAGCAGAUGAAACCAUUUGGGAACAAAGAGAUCUGAGGCUCAGGGGUUUAGAACUCCUGGGGGUAACCAUCUCACUCUAUGGUGUCAGGGAGGAGGAAGGCUGAAAGAUGAAAAUUCAAGUCAGUGUAAUUAUUUUACUUCACUUUUAUAGAAUAUAUUUCUCAGUGUACUUGGAGAUUGUACAAGUGAAGGAUUACUGUACUUUCCCCUCCCCAUGUAUAAUAGCUCAUCUUCCUUCUGUUUUUCUCUCUCUCCAUUUAAUUUGGUUAUGCCACUUAUUCCCUGUGUGAUCUUGUGGAAGUAAUUUCACCUUCCUGAGCAUCAGUUUUGGUAUUGUUUCUGCAUUCCCAUUCCCAAACCCAGGCAGCUUGGCUCCCUGCCCACUGAGAUGGGUGAUAAAGGUUCUACUCUGAAUUAAGCAGUGCUUUCCCACUGAAUUCCCACUGAAUUAAGAAUCAUUCAUGCGCUGGGUAGGAUGGCACAAGCCUGUAAUCCCUGUUACCAGAGGAGACUGAGGCUGGUGGAUCAACUGAGUUCCAGGAUUUUAAGGUGCAUUAGGACUAAAGCUUAUCAGGUGUAAAGUCUAACACCGCUAUGAGCAGGGGUGCAUAAGGAGGGAGCCAGGUCAGAAAUAGACAAUGUCAAAGCUUCCAUGUAGAUUAGCAGUGGGGUUGGGUCAGUGAGUGGCCCUUGUACUCCCAGCCUAUAACAGAUAGGGAAACUCAGUCUUGAAAAAAAUAUAUUCAAGGGAUAAUACAGACAUAUGUGAGGUAUGGAAUCAGGGUAGGAGAGGUGGUACUACUUAGGGAAAAUACUGACAACAAUGUGAACACAUACAAGAGGCAUAUAUGCCACUGGACCAGACUUUCAUUCAUUGAACCAAAAAAUGCUUUUUGUUCCUAGAUAAGGGAGCUUAGUCUACUCUUUCUUAAGGGAGUGUUGAUCCUCAUGCAUAUGGCUUGCAUCAAUUUACAAUCAUAGUCAAAGUGAUUAUCACAAUAAAACUUCCUAUUGGAAUAGCUCUUUUUCCUUUUCAAAAUGCUUUGACACCUUGGAACCUUAUAACACUUGGGAUUUAGUAAGAUCAGGGAUUAUUGUGAAUGUUCAUAAUAUAACCCUGGUUAUAUUACCCAGAGGUUAUAUAUACCCAGAGGUUUUACCUUGGAAACUUGAGGUACUGAAAAGACUUAUGUGUAGGGAGACAGAUUAUCCAGAGUUCCUGAAGUGCCUGCGAUUUUGAACGUUAUAUACUUCUGAGAAGGGCAGCCAUGCUGAAGAGACUGGAGAUCUGGAUGAAACCCUGGUUGGGACUUUUGGGAUGGUCUGAUCAAGGAGCUUCAUAAUGGCUGCUGAUCACCAACUGGCAGACAGAUUUGAGUGGAGGUUAUGGAGCCCGAGGCAUUGAUGAGAGCAGAGUAGGAACUGGACCAGACCAGAUUAGAUUGGUUAUGAGUGGAGCCACAGAUCAUGGAAGGGUUAGUUGAGAUGGGCAUACUUGGUCCCUAACACUUUCUUUUACUUUUUUCUUUUACUAACUUUCUGGUUAAGUGGGCUGCUCUCCUUUUACCAAUCUAAACUAAUCUCUGUUGUGCUUCUCAACUCCAUUGUUGAAGGGAGGGGGCAAUAAGAGGAGAGAAAAGACUAUUUUGUUCCUUAUGGGAUGUAGCUUCAUGCAUCUGCCUUUUUUAGGCAGUUGUUCCCCCAAUGGCUAAAUUUUAUCCUUCAUGCUAUUUGAAGUUGUUAUAAAAACAUUUAAGCACCAUCGGCCCUAGCUGGCUUAGUUGUUGAAUGUUUGUAGCUUAGGAGUGAGGAAGGGGAACCUAUUUUUAAAGGGAGGGACAAGAUAUGUCUUUUUUUCCUAUAAGAGAGAAUAAUACUUUUAUAACAGUUCAAUAUGUAUAUGAAUCCUGAUCAUACUAAAGUGAAGGUGAGAGAAAGAAGAAAGAAGAGGAGAGGUGGAACAGAAGAGAGAGAGAGAGAGAGAGAGAGAGAGAGAGAGAGAGAGAGAGAGAGAGAGGAAAAUCCUAAGAAAAAUGAGCCAAAGAAAAAGUAGGGUAGGGGUGGAGUUGCCUUUUUAUCCUAGGAUUUAAACUUAAAGGGUCAUCUGACUUCUGACAGGCUUAGGCUCUUUCCAUUAGACAAAGUCCCAAUUUUCUACCCAUCUGCUGGCCUAAGGCAAGGGCAGUUCCCCAGCUGAGAGUUAUAAGUGUGGCUGAAUCUAAAGAUGGUAGGAAUUCCAGCUGCCCACCAAGGAGCCAGCCCAGGGAAUCUAGUGGAUUAACCUGUUCAGUAGAGACUUUGUCUUGUGAGGAGUCAACCUAGUUUAGCUACCAGUGGAGUGACCUACUUGAGGAUUUCAUGAAGUGAAAGAAAUUCCAGGUCCUGAAGUACUAGGAGUUGUGGAUUACCCUGUGCCACCUGUGUAUUCUAUAUGGGUACUUCACUACCACUGAAUCCUUUUUGAAUUUACUCUUCUUGUGAAUACUGUGUGUAUAUUUGUGGGAGAGUACAACCCAGGCCUUUUGGAGGAAUGUUACACCAACUAUUCCCACUGUACCAUCUUAGUAAA